ACUGACAGUAAUAGUGAUGCGGUAAAGCAUUGUGAUGGUAGAAAAUAAGAUGGUCAGAUAGAACGAUUAUGAUAUGUGGUUCUCGUCAUUCUUACUUUUUCUUUUGUUCUCACUGAUGUAUUGUUUUUUACACAACCAGUUGAUAUAAGUACAACAGAAAAAUAAAUGCUUUGGUAUAAAUUAAGAAAUGAGUGACAAUGCCGACAAAUGUUGAAGCAUUCUUUCUGAAUCCAAGUAGUUUAGGUUAAAAGUAAUCAUGCAUUUAAAUCAUCUCUCAAUUUAUACCUAUAGAACGAAAAAACGCACAACAAUGGUAUUUUAAAAGUGGAAUUUAAUUCCAUUUAUACACAUUUUUCAUUUCUGUAAACAUAUACACAUUUUAUCCAACGGUAGCAAAUAGCUUUUUCGUUAAAAUAGUUUGUUCAUGUAUAAAGUUGUUUCGCCUGAACGACCAGCUUAUCGUAUUGUACGAAAAGUCAGACGAGUCAAUCCGAACGACUCUCCACCUCCUCGUCAUCGUUCGCCAUCAGUUAUUAAUCCACGGCUUGUUCAAGUUCAUGUCUCUCCUAAUAGUCAUCGACAAUCAUCUCCAACAUCCGCCGUUCCUAAGCCACGUAAAACAAUUCCACCUCACGAAACGCAACGUCCUACAUAUUAUGUUCCCGAACACGCUGUUAAACAAGCGUAUAAUAUUGGUUCAACUCGACUUGUCAAUAAAUAUUUAAUUGAACGAAGCGAUUUCAAACAAGUAAUAUUGUGGACGUGUUUAUCAUGUUGUGAUAAUCAAUGCUUCGACGAAAAGUGUGGAGGCAAUACUACAAUAAUUGAUAUUAAAAUUGGUAAUAACUCAAACUCAACAAUGACCAAUCGUACAUCAACACCAAAUCUCAUCACUGCUACUAUUCAAGAUACAACGACUAGUUCAUCCGAAGAUCCUGAUUUUAUUGAUCAACAUCGUUUUGCUCAAACAGUUGUUGAACUUCUACUUGACCUUUUACAAAAAGCAAAUUUGUCUGCUAAUCUAAUACAAAAUGAAACAGAAAUAGCAGUAACUACAACCGCAACUCCAAAAAUAUCAAAAUUAAAGCUUUUAUGA